AUGACUUAUGAUGGGAAACAAAAAUAUGUGUUCCAGAAAAAUGGAAAAUACAAAAGCACUGUAUUUGAUAUUUCUUAUUAUAAAACUUUUAAAAAAUAUUUAAAGUUCUUGGGACAAUAUCCAAAUCAAUCACGAUGGAACAAGGAAUUUAAUACAAAUGUGAUGAUAUGCAGUUUAAUAAGUUUUUUAAUUCCAGGGCUGUUACAAGUUUACACAUCAAUUGUAGAAAAGAACUUGAAUGCUUUGAUGGAAAUUAUACCUAUAGUAUUUGCAACAAUAAGUUGUGCAAUAAAAUUGCUAAAUCAUAGAAUUAAUAAGAAAAAUUUUGAUAAACUGUUCGAUUUCAUGUCAGAAGAAUGGGAAAUGGAAAAUGAUAGAAAUCAAACGUGUAUUCUUGAUGAAUUUACUAAACAGGGAAAUAAAUUUGCCGAAAUAUAUAAAAAUGUUUUAUUGUCAGCUUUGCUACUAUUUUUAUUACUUCCAUUGUUUCCUUCGUUUUUGGAUGUUGUUUUCCCGCUUAAUGAAACUCGCCAACAAUUACAAAUAUUUAAAAUGAAAUAUUUUAUAAAAGAAGAUCAAUACUUUUAUCCUAUUUAUUUCCAUUCAGUUUGGAGUUCAUUUGUAAUUAUAAUGAUUACUGUCACUAUAGAUUCAUUAUAUAUGCUUAUCAUACAUCAUGCUUCCGGUUUAUUUGCUAUAUGCGGGUAUCAGAUUGCGAAAGCAACAGAAUGCAAUGACAUAAACAUAAAUGAAAAUGAACUGUUCAGACAAUGUGUGAUCACACAUAACAAAGCCUACAAAUUUUUCGAGAUAAUGAAUAAAAGCAGUCGAAUAAUUAUUCUUUCAAUAUUAUUAAGUAUAAUCGGCAUUAGUAUAACAGCUGUACAAAUCGUUAUGUAUCUGCAUAAACCUGAAGAAGCUUUCAGAAUUAGUUUAUUUCUUAUGGCUAUACAAUUUCAUUUAUUUAUUAUUACUCUAACUGGACAAGUGAUUGCGGAUCAAAGUUCAAAAUUAGCCAGUAAUAUAUACUGUACAACAUGGUACCGAAUGCCUCCAAAUAUUCAAAAAAUAUUUCAUAUAAUACAAAUAAAAUCUAGUAAACCAUGUAAAUUAACUGCAGGAGGAAUAUUGGAAUUGAAUAUCGAGAAUUUUGGAAUAGCAUUGAAAACAUGUAUGUCGUACUUUACUAUUUUCCUAUCUUUACAAGACUGAUUCGUUAUUAAAAUGAUUUUCUCUUGCUGAUUCUGAUUUUUAAUGAAAAGGCAUUGACCUAAGAAUCAAUUAUUUAUAUGGAUG